UCUAGGUGGUGAAUACACAUUGCUGACCCUGGCUCGCGUACUAUAUUGUCAACAGGAGAUAAUUCAGAGAGCACGGAAUGUCACGGUUACCACUGCGUACAGUGCAGGACCUGCUUGUGCCACCACCGAGGCAGGUUCUGUCUCCCUCUCCAAUUUGUUUUAUUUGAUCGUUCCGUUCUUUCUACCGUGCCUUCAGCGGAUGCAAAUAGAUUUUUCGCGCCAUUGGGAAUAAAACGGCAAUAGCAGGCGAGGACUUGUCAUCUCAUCGCCAGCUGUUGUGUUUGUGGCACUGGGGAGUCGUGUGGCCGUGAAUAAAGCGAGACGCGCAGAGGUGAGGAACAAACGUGCCGCUGUAGAUUUCACUUGUAAUCACCUACCGACAAUACCCUCUCACAUUACGUUCAGUGCCUAACACACUAGGGUUGCUCGACAGCAACCUGUAAGGAUCAAAAUCUACACGAACACGUACAUUGCUCGGGGAAAGCAAUUGCUUCUGAGCGUGGUGAUUUUGCCUGGAUGUUACGUAAUCUCCUCCCCGACAGGACGGGACAAACAGAUGUUCAGAAACAAAAUUGUGCUUUUUCUAGCUGUAUUAUUUACAGCUUGCACAUUUUUUGUGUGCUUUUUGUAUACAAGCACAUUCCAAGUUAAUCUCACGGUCUUCAACAGCAAUAAACAUUCGAUCACAAAGGGAAAGAAAGAAUUCCUUCUUGUACCAAAGGCAAACUGUGAUGAAGAUCCUCCCUUCCUGCUCUAUCUGGUGACAGCCACCCACCACCAGACAAAAGAACGCGAUGCCAUCCGCCGCACCUGGGGCAGAGAUCAACGUAUAGCUGGGAAAAGGACUGUUGCCUAUUUUCUCCUUGGUUAUGAUCCAGUAUACCAAUCCACAAUCUUAAAUGAAAGCCACUACUAUGGGGACAUUAUACAAAAGAACUUUACAGACUCAUAUGAUAACCUCACAUUGAAAGUGCUGAUGGGUAUCAAGUGGGUGCAUGAACUAUGCCCUUUGGUUACCUUUGUGAUGAAAACUGACUCUGAUAUGUUUGUAAACACUUAUUACCUGACUGAGCUUCUUCUGGGUAAGAAUCAGGAUCUCCUAUACACAGGGCAUGUCAAACUCAAGGAGGGGCCCAUCAGGGACCCAAUGAGCAAGUGGUUUAUGGCUACGGAGGAUUAUCCGAACAGCACCUACCCUCCCUUUUGUUCGGGUACGGGAUAUCUUUUCUCUGGGGCCCUUGCAGGGAAAAUCAUUGCUGUUUCUAAACACAUUCCCAUCCUCAGAUUGGAAGAUGUAUACAUCGGGCUGUGCCUUGCAGAGCUAAAUGUAACUCCAGUGGAACUCGACUCUAGCCGGACAUUUUACGACUUCAAGGUGAAAUUCAACAUUUGUAGAUUUCAGAAGCUUGUAACAUCGCAUGGAGUCAGCCCGCAAGAGAUUCUAGUUUACUGGAAAGUAUUGGGAGAACUCGGCGAAGAGGAGUGUGAAGAGAAAGAAAGUAAAGAAUUCCAAUGGACAUAAUUAAAUAAUAGUAGGGCAUGUCAGAGCCAAAAACUAAAGGAAAAUUAUUUGCAUAAACACAAACCAUUCUGCAGAUGCUGGAAAUCUUGAGGUACACACACAAAAUGAACUCAGCAAGUCAGGCAGCAUAUCUAUGGAGGGGCCAUAGAUGACCUGAUGAAGGGUCUCAGACAAAAUUGUCAUCUGGUGAUUUCCCUCCACAGAUGAUUCCUGCUUUGCUAAGUUCCUCUAGCAUUAUUUUGCAUGCUGCUCAGGAAAAUCCUUUUGAUGCUGACUAAAUACAAUAAUAAUAACAUUCAUUUCAGUUCCAGCAAUGGCUAAAGUCUGCUUGAAUUAUCCAUGUUAAAACCUUCUGUCCCACUUUGCCCUGGCUCUGCCCAUUUUAAGCGGCUGAAUAGCUGAAAUGAGAUCAUAAAGUAUUUCAUGAGUGAUCAGGUGAAAAAAAAACAAUUUCUGGAACUAAUGAGCAGAUCAUCGAUGGCUCUUCAUAAAUGCUGCCUGAUAGCUGACAUGAAAAUGAUUAUGUCAAGAAUCUCAAGCAGCUUUUUACAGUUCAGGUAGCGUUUGUAGAAAGAGAAACAGAAGUAAUAUUUCAGACCUUCAUUAGAUUGACACAAAGCAUUAACUCUGUUCCUCUUCCUGCUGAGUUCCUCCAGCAUUUUGUGAGAGUUGCUUGAGAAGAAUACAUUAUUUUAGAAUUUAAUGAUAAUGAUGCUGAUGGUUGAAUGAAAUUUGCAUAAUAUUUUUUUUCCUUCCAAGCAUAAAGGCAAUUAAAAGCCUAUCUUUAAUUGGAGUAAAACUUACAUUAAGAUAUUAGCCCAUGUAAUCUACAUGUUUUCAAUGGAAUUGAUCCUAUUGAACUUCUUACUGUAGCUGGACAAGCAUUUGGAUCAACAAGGCAGCAAAGGCUUGGACCAAGUGCUGGUAAAUGGGAUUUAUUAUCACUGACGUAUGUCAUGAAAUUUGUUGUUUUGCAUAACAGUAUGACACAAUGCAUAAAAUUACGAAUAGAAGAUAUAAAAUCUGUAAGUAGUGCAAAAAGAGAGGAUAAGAGUGAAGUAAUGUUUAUGGGUUCAUGAAUUGUUCAGAAAUCUGACAGUGGAGGAGAAGAAGUUGUUCCUAAAACUUUGAAUGUGGUUUUAGAGCAUCCUGUACUUUCUGCCGGAUGGUAAUAAUAAGAAGAGGGCAUGUCCUGGAUGGCAAGGGGUCCUUAAUGAUGGAUGCCACCUUCUUGCAGCUCUCUCUAAACAAGAGCCUGAUGGCUGGUGUGGACAUAGUGGUCCAAAGGGCCCGUUUUUGUGCUGUGUGAUAGUGACCAGAUCUCAGAUAGCCUUCUUCAACAUUGCAAUGUGAAGAAUAUUUAACUAUGAGGAAACAACAGCAUGUUGCAAAAGUGUAGCAUCAUGGAAACAUAGUGGUUAGCACAGCGUUUUACAGAACCAGCAACCUAGGUUCAAUUCUCACAGCUUCUAGUAAGGAGUGUAUACGAUCUUCCGGGUGCUCUGGUUUCUAAAGAUGUACUGAUUAGAAGGUUAAUUGGUCUUUGUAAUUGUCCAAUGAUUAGGCUAGGGUUAAAUCAGGGGAUUGCUGUGCAGCAUGGCUCGAAGGACCACAAGGGCUUAGUCAAUGCUGCAUCUAAUUAAUAAAUAAAUAAAUGUGGAUGAAUCUGCAGAAUUAGCAACAUAAUUGAAAAAUGUUAAUGUAACUUAGCAGAGAUAAGAAAAAUUAAGUGGUUGAAUUUUACUUGACAAACAAGAAUCCAAAAAUUGGACAAAAGCAAAGAGCUUUCAGAAAGCAAAUUCAAAAUCACUAAAGGUAGUCAUGCAGGUUAAUAAUCUCACACAAAGGCACAUCAGGGAUGAAGAUUUGACUUCUGGUAGAAGUAAAUUAAUAAGUAGAGAAGUUAAAUUUAGGUCAUGAAGUGUGGUGUAUAUUCA